CCCCCCUCAGUUGGCGUCCGGACGUCGGAGGUGAAGGUUGAAGUCUUAGGAAUUCCAAAAGACUUACGAAAACCACCCUCUGCGUCCUGAGUUUGGAGAGGGAGGUGUCCGUUGGGCCUUUCUCUCCGUCCUGCUAGGUGUUGACGGCCAGCGAGGCCGUGAGCUUGCGGAGGCGCGCGCUGCACUGAAGGAACCCUGGCCGCAGGCGCCAUGUCCAACUACGUGAACGACAUGUGGCCUGGCUCGCCGCAGAAGGACUCCCCCGCGACCUCGCGGUCGGGCCGCUCCAGCCGCCUGUCGUCGCGGUCGCGGAGCCGCUCCUCGUCCGGGAGCUCCCGGUCUGAUACGCGCCGAUCCAGCCCCGCGUCCUCUAGGAGCCGCAGCCGGCCCCGCAGGCGCAGCAGGUCGCGCUCUCGCUCCCGGAGGCGCCAUCAGCGCAAGUACCGGCGCUACUCUCGGUCCUACUCGCGGAGCCGCUCGCGCUCCCGCGGCCGCCGGUACCGGGAGAGGCGCUACGGGCCGCCGCGGAGGUCUCACCGCUCGCCUUCGCCCUACCGGUCGCGGAGCAGGUCGCGCUCCCGGGGAAGGUCGUGUUACAGAAGGUCGUACUACUCCAUCACGCGGGGGCGGCGCUACUACGGCUUCGGCCGCACCGUUUACCCCGAGGAGCACAGCAGGUGGCGGGAGAGAUCCCGGACCCGGUCGCGCAGCAGGACCCCUUUUCGUUUAACUGAAAAAGAUCGAAUGGAGCUGUUAGAAAUAGCAAAAGCCAAUGCAGCAAAAGCUUUGGGAACAACCAACUUUGACCUGCCAGCUAGUCUGAGAACUGUUCUCUCAGCUAAAGAAACAAGCCAUGGAGCAGAUGUACCAAGUAAUGGUGUAAAGUCUGAGCUGUCGGAAAGGUUAACAGAAGAUGGAACUAAAAAUCCCAGUGAAAAAUCUUCCCAGCCGAAAAACAUAGCUUUUAGCUCUAAUAAUUCUGUAGCAAAGCCAGUACAGAAGAUAGCUAAAACUGCUGCUGAAGAGACCUCUUCAGGAUCACCAAAAAUAGAUAAGAAAAAAAGUCCGUAUGGACUAUGGAUACCUGUCUAAAAGAAGAAAACUAAUGACUAAGGUUGCCUAAGUUGCACUUUAUUUAAAUUCCAAGUUUGUUUUUAGCAUUACUCCACCCUUUGAGUAAUUUAAUAGUGGUAUUUGUUAAUUAAAUCAAUAAGAAAAGAUACAUAUACUUCUUAGUUAAAAACA